UGAGCAUAAAGAAGAAAGAUCAAUAAAAAAUAUUAAAAUAAUUGGUAUACAAAAUCAAAAUUUAAAUUCAACAAAUGAUUAUUUAGAUGCAUUAAAAAUAAUUACUUCAAUAAAAUCUUUUUAUCCAUAUCUUCAAGAAAAUGUUAUAUUAAUAAUUGCUGAUUGGCCAGGACAAUAUUUUAUUUGA